AUGAAGUACAGGACAGCGGUGACGUACAUGGAGAUCGGCUGCUUCGUGGUCUGCCUACUGGGGUGGGCCUUGGUGUGUUCCACCCUGCCCACUGAAUACUGGAACAUCUCAACCCUCGACCAGGGUGUCCUGACCACCGCUAACUUCUUCUCCAACCUGUGGAAGGACUGCGUUUCUGAUUCCACCGGGGUAUCCGAUUGCAAGGAAUUCCCAUCUCUCCUGGCGCUUGAGUUGAACAUCCACAUGUGCCGAGCUCUCGUCAUCAUGGCCAUCAUACUGAGCUUCUUCGGAGCCGUUCUCUCCCUGGUGGGAAUGAAGUGCACCAAGAUCGGCGGGUCGGAUGUUGCCAAUGCAAGAGUCACUUUCGCAGCAGGAAUAAACUACAUGGUUGCAGGGUUCUGUGCCAUGAUUGCAUACUCCUGGUAUGGAAAUAAGAUCCGGAAAGAAUUUGUGAAUCCUAAUUUCAAGGCCGCAAAAUUUGAACUUGGAGCAGCUCUCUUCGUGGGCUGGGGGGGGUCCUCUCUGCUCAUCAUAGGAGGCUUCAUUUUAAGCUUCUUUGCCAAGAAGGAGGGUCUGCGGUGCAGAUCCACCCUCCAGCCGGAGCCCACGCCCUGCACACCAGCUCGAACGCGGAGGACCACUAUAAUAUCACUGGCAUUCAAAGAGGCGUCCGAGGGCAGAAAGACCAGGGCCACCAUGACCCCCAGCAGAGCCCCCACUGACACCUACGUAUAGCCUACUGCACCCUGUCCCUGGCUCAAUAAGGGAGGGGCUUGUGUUUCACUUAUUUAACCAUUCACACUUCAUCAUAUGACAUCACCACAUUAAUUAAAACCAGUAUUUGCUGUUAAGCAGCAAGGUGCACAGAUUUCUAGGGUGUCCCUGUUUUACUGCCUUUUGCUUAGGGGCACGUCAUAGAUAAAAUAUAGGAAUAUACUUAUAUAUACAUACAUAUAUACACACACACACACACACACAUAUAUAUAUAUAUGGAGCAAUGUAAGGAUGUGUCUUUAUCUUGUGAUGAAAAUGAUAAUGCCAACUACAAGGCUCUAACCAGCAGCUUUCCCAUUACAGGGACAGAGGCUUAGCCUGCUGAGCCACACACUGCCCCCUGAUGGCUGGAAGCCUUGAGUUUGAA